GGGGGGGGGGGGAAACUUUGAAGUCUCCCAAGACUUUGGAUCCCUUUCCCCGAAGACGCAGCCUUCGAGAAAUGAGCAUUGAGACCUUGUUAGAAGCGGCCAGAUUUCUGGAAUGGCAAGCUCAGCAACAGAAAACACGUGAAGAAAAUGAAAAACAUGAAAAACUCUGCCAGGAGCGUGAACAGGAACAGAAGAAGGCCAGCGUGCAAAGGGUUAACCACGUCGCCCAGCCGGAAGAAUCCCGCAAUGACCUCCAGGCUGGCCCUUUGUCUCCGCCCACUCCAGCUCCUCCCCCUCCUCUUCCCCCCUCCCUGGCAGCUCCCAUUUCCGUCAUCCCCAUCCCAGUGGUCACCAGCCCCCCUCUGCCAGCCCCCCAGAGUACCUUGUCCCCCCCACUUAUCCAGCGGCACUCACCCAUGUUAAACAUGGGUCUCAGCAAGGAGCCACCAUUGAUGGCCCCCGUGAUCCAGAAGACUUCGGGGCCCCUUCUUCCAGACAUCAAGGCCCCCACGCCCCCUUCGGCCAGCCCCAGCCAGCUGCCCCACUACGCCACCUCCGUCUUGGCCAUUUCCCCACAUCACAUGGCCCAGCCGCCAAUCAAGCCCCAGCCACCCGCCCACCAGCCACUCCUCCCGCAUCACGUGCCUCCACCACUCAAUGUCAAGGUGAACCCGUCAGAAGAGGCCAAGCCCAGCGAGCAGAAGAAGAGACCUGGCGGGGUUGGCACCCGAGAAGUCCAUAAUAAAUUGGAGAAGAACAGGCAAUGGAGGAGAUGCGACUUAUCGGGAGCUUCUGUUGACUUUGUACUCUUGCAAGGCAGUGCAAAAGGUCAAGUUUACAGACGUGCCCACUUGAAAGAAUGUUUUGAGACCCUCAAAAGAAACAUCCCCAAUGUCGACGACAAGAAAACCUCAAACCUCAGCGUCCUAAGGAGUGCCUUGAGAUAUAUCCAGACCUUGAAACGCAAAGAGAAAGAGUAUGAGCAUGAGAUGGAGCGGCUAGCCAGAGAGAAAAUUGCCACGCAGCAACGUUUGGCAGAGUUGAAGAAUGAGUUGAGUCAGUGGAUGGAUGUCUUGGAAAUUGACCGGAUAAUCCGUCAGACGGUUCAACCAGAAGACGAUCAGGCAUCCACUUCAACUGCUUCAGAAGGAGAAGACAAUAUGGAUGAGGACAUGGAAGACAACAGCCCUGUCAAUUCGUUGCCGAAGCUCGCACAUCGCCAGCAUCCCGAGCUCCUGAAAGCAGUGGCCCCCAUUGUUGCUGCCCAUCGCCCAUCGGUUCUGCCGCUGGCCCAGAAGCACGUCCCGCCCCACGUCCCACCCCCACUCCAGCCCCAGGCCCUGGUCCAGCCCCAAGCGAUUGUCCCUGCACAGACUCACCUCGUGGCGGCCUCCACCGUGCAAUCGACUGUUAUCGCCCACACGGCCACUACCCACGCCUCCGUCAUUCAGACUGUCAACCAUGUUCUCCCGGGCCCCCAGCCUAAGCACAUUGCCCACCUCGCACCCUCGUCCACCUCCAGCCCUGUCCAGCUGACGACCGCAGCUCAGCCCAUCGGCCACAUCACUGUGCACCCGGCCACCAUCAACCACGUAACCCACCUGGGGCAGCAGCUUCCCCUGUACCCGCAACCCGUGGCGGUCAGCCAGCCCGUGGUGGGCCACAUUGCGCACGCCAUCUCUCACCAGCAAGUGAAUGGAACUGCCAGCCUCGGCCAGCCAGCGGUCAUGGCGAAGCCCGGCGUUGGAACUCAAGUUGUGCACCACCAGCAGUUGGUGGGCCAAACGGUCUUGAACCCCGUCACCAUGGUUACCAUGCCCCCUUUUCCCGUAAGCACCUUGAAGCUGGCGUAGAAUCAGCUGCAAAACAACUGGAUAAAACUCCAUACAUUCCAACUGUGAACCCGUGGCAGAGAUGUUAGGGGUGAGAGGGUUGGUCACACCGACCCUCCGCGAGAGGAUGGCGCAAGAGAGAGAGAGAGAGUGAGGCCGCGGAACGGGCAGAGAUAACCUUUCCUCCCUCCAUCUGUCCCUUCCCCAGUUUUUUUUUCCCCCUCCUGUUUUGAUUUCUCUCGAGAAAGUCGGUCAUGGGACGGGGGGGGCGCGUGGGGGUGGGAUAGAAAAACCCAUAAGGGCUGCUUCUGCACUUGAAUUUCCCCUAAUCAGAGAGAAAAAAAAAUAAAUCAAUAAACUGUCCUUCACGGUGAUUUUUUCCCCCCCCUUUUGACAUGUAAUCAGUGAAAUAAGACUGUAAUAAAGUUCUUAAGACUUCGACUUUUCCUUUCAACCACCCCAGCCGCCACGACCUUUUUUUGUUUUUUUUAACUUUAUUAUUUUAUUUUAUUUUUUUAUGUGUUGCUUCUUUGUAGUUCCUUUUUUUUUUAAUGGCUGAUCUCUUUUAUUAUUAAGACUUUGCAUAGAGGAAAAAGAAAAAGAAAAUCAUAGAAAAUAUAUAUAUAUAUAUUUAUAUAUAUAUAUCUACCUGCGUAUAGCUACAUAUAUAUAUAAAAAUAUGGUUCUCUGUGAACACCAUCGAUGGGCAGAUCUUUUUGUUUCCAGGAUUAACGGACACAUGUCAACAUCGCUCCUCCUGCUGUGAAAGGAGGGAAGAGAUAGCAUCCUUUUUCUUUUGUUUUUAAAAGCAUCUUGAAACAAUAUAGAUGGUUUUGUGGACCAGGGUAUUUAAAAAAAAAAGAAAAAAAAAGGCAAAACACAUUAUUCCUUUCCCAACUCCCCACUAUAUUUACAUUUCAGUAAAAUCAUCCAUAAUCACUGUGACUUGUUAUGACAUUUUAAGGAUUCCCUCUGUCUAAUAAAAAGGUUUAAAAAAAAACUAA